ACUUUGUGGCUGUGGUAACUAGUAACGACAGUUUUGUUUUUGUCAGCGCGAUUUUACCAACGUUUCGCAUUUAAUCCCCUAGCUAGCUAACUAAUAUUCUUCAAUCAUGGGGAAGUCAUUUGCUAAUUUUAUGUGCAAGAAAGAUUUUCACCCUGCAUCUAAGUCAAAUAUAAAAAAGGUAAGUGGCAAAAUCUUUGGUCUAGGUUUGCUCACCAGGAAGUAACUAAAUUAGCUAACUAUAUAACCUAAUUUGGAUUUAGCCAGCUAACAGUUAUCUAGAUAGCUGAAUAAAGUGUAUUUCCAACUUGAACAUAUCACCUCUAGAUGUUAUUUAGUUGUGAGAAGAAUGAUCCCUAGCUAGCUAGGCUUAUAGGUUCGGUUGCUAGCUAAAUCAGUCAGCUAACAUUAGCAAGCCAGAAUGAAGCUAGCUAGCUAACAUAGAUGUUAGCUAGCACAGUAGCUAGCUAACUACAUUAUGUAACAUUAGGAAAGAUAACUAGCUACGUCCCAUAGAUACAGUACAUUUACUAGGAUACAAAUGUGACUUGGCUAUUCUCAACGUUAUCCAUUUUACCAUCGUACAGGUAUGGAUAGCAGAGCAGAAAUUAACAUUCGAGAAGAAGAAGCAGGAGGACCUCAUGAAUUCUUACCUAAAAGAACAAGACACCUACAACAACAGGUGGGUUACAGAUAUUCCGAGGAUCUGUGGCUGCACAACAUGAUCCAAAUACUUGGAGCUCAAUUAGGCUAUGCCUUUACAUAGGACUUCUUAUUAGUCUCUCAUUAUUUAACCACUGGAGGUUGCUGUACUUGUUAAGUAUUGUAGUGUAUUAAGAUUAUGACUGAUGAGAGGAUGUUUAUUUAGUUUCAAAGAGAGCCGUUUUUAGGGUGACGCCCCAUAGAAGACAGGGGAUUGGACAGUAGAGGGAGCAACCCAUAUUUUGGGGAAUAUUAUAAAUACUGGGUUUGAACAAAGAACGUUAGAGCGGCCAUUGCAAUUUGGGAAACACUGCUCUCCGGAUGCUAUAUACAUCUGUACACUUAUGCUGAAAUCUUGUGAUAUGAAUAAAACUUAUGAUCAAAGUUCAGUAUAAGCGGACUCCUUUGUUACAGCAUUAUUAGCAACAUUUGACUCGACACUACAGUAUGUUAUCUAAAUGUAUACCUAUAUUUUGUCUUGUGUAAAAUCACAGCUCUAAUUGAUCAUAUAACAGAUUGAAACCCAUUGUCUGACGUUUCUGUUGUUAAAAUCUUUCUCCUAGACUGUUGAUGGGAGAUGAUCGUGUGAAAAAUGGUCUCAACUUCAUGUAUGAAGCUCCACCUGGGGCAGACAAAGGUAACUACAUCCAUCCUGGUUCUGCCGCUUUAGAUGGGCAUUUUUACCAUGCUAAACAAACCAUGACUUUCCACUGAUCUCUGCUCUCCUUUCUCACCCUCUCUGCACUCUACUGAGAAGAAGAGACCAAAGAGGUAAGCACCUGAUGUUUAAAAUCUCUCUCUUGUUCAGAGGCUGUAAUAUUGCCCUUUUGUGGGGAAAAACUCAUUCUGAUUGGCUGGGUCUGGCUCCCAAGUGGGUGGGCCUAUGCCCUCCCAGGCCCACCAAUGGCUGCGCCCCUGCCCAGUCAUGUGAAAUCCAUAGAUUAGGGCCUAAUUUAUUUAUUUCAAUUGACUGAUUUCCUUCUGUAACUUAGUAAAAUCUUUGAAAUUGUUGCAUGUUGCGUUUUAAAUUUCUGUUUAGUAUACUUUGGUAAAUGUUGUAGAUUUAAAUGCAUGUGUUGGUUUAUUAUUGUAUACAUUGUAUCUUCUCUUAUAGGAAGGUGAAUCAGAAUACAAGUUUGAGUGGCAAAAGACGGCCCCUCGAGAGAAGUAAGUCACUAAUUGUGUUGAUCAGUACAAAUAUUUAGAUGACUUGAGUUUAAAUGUACAUUUGUUGAUACUUUCUCUUUCAUCUAUUUAGGUAUGCCAAGGAUGACAUGGCUAUUAGGGAUCAACCAUUUGGAAUUCAGGUGAAUAAAUAAAUAUAUAUAUAUAUAUAUAUAUAUAUAUAUAUAUAUUUACAUUUUUAGUCAUUAAGCAGACGCUCUUAUCCAGAGCGACUUACAUGAGCAAUUAGGGUUAAGUGCCUUGCUCAAGGGCACAUCGACAGAUUUUUCACCUAGUCGGCUCGAGGAUUAGAACCAGCGAUCCAGUUUAAUUAACUCAAAUGACGUACCUAUUGAUAACAAUCUGCUGUUUAAUAUGAUUAUCGUCAGCGCUAAAUACUCUUCUGUUAACAAACUUGUGUGUUGGAAUUUGACACUUCGUGGUGCUAAAGGAAAAGGAUGAUGUUGAACUCAGGAUUACAAUGUGUUUAUUUACAUUACGGCAUGCAUAGCUGCAUAGUACAUGCUUUGCUUGACGUCAUCCCAAUUGGGUCCUAUUGGAGGUAUUAUGAGUGAUGGAAUGAAUGGAUGUAAGUCGUCUAAUCACCUGUUAUUCUCAGGUUCGCAAUGUGAGAUGCAUCAAGUGUCACAAAUGGGGCCAUGUGAAUACAGACAGAGAGUGCCCUCUCUUCGGCCUGUCUGGGAUCAAUGCCAGCGCUGCACCCACAGAGGAAGCAGGUACAAAUAACGAUCUGUUUUUAAUUGACCUACCUGGAUAAAUAGAGGUAAACAAGUUAGCUGAUAAUUAUAAAUAAUAAUUCACAGACGUACUGGUUUAUUUAAAAAAAGAAAAACAAUUUAUCAAGUUUUUUUUUCAUACUUUCAUUCUCAACAACCAAAUUACCUUAUAUUUUGCAUCAAUUUCUUAGAAAUAAUUUGAAUAACGAACUUGUGAUCAAUUUAUGAUGCACCUAUGGCACCAAAAACAUGCAAUAUUAAUUUGUCCAAUAGAAUAUAAUUCACUAUUAUUACAUUGUAUAUUUGUGAAAAGUCUGUACUAGAGCUGGGACGAUAAACCUAAAAUGAUCGGCACCAACCAUACCGAUCACUUAUCUCUGCCGUUGAUUGUUAAUGGGACAACUGAUGGCUACAACCAUCAAACUAGUAGUAGUAGUUGAAAGGAUCAUUUUAAAAAACUGUGGUGCACAUUGUUAUAAACUUAGCGUUCUAUUUAUUGUUAUCGCAUCAAUUCAGGCAGUUUAUCGCAAUGUGGAUUUUUGUAAAUAUCACCCAGCUCUAGUCUGUACCUUGUAGCAUGUUGUAGCAAUAGUUGCCAUAGUUCCUAGUGUCCUGUGGUGCUGAUUCUGACUCCUACAAUCAGGAAGUGGAAUAGUAAAGUAAUGUUUACCGUGGGACAGUCCUGCGCAUGGCAUUGAUAGUGGAGGCCAUAAUGGAGCCCCUCCUGUGCCGGGAGAAAAAUGCAAGUAUUGUGUAUUCUGAUUCCCCUAACCGCUGCUUUGGGAGAAUGAUAUUGUAUGAUUUGCUCAACCAGAUGACGAGUGAGUUGAUUUGGUGUCCCUUUCUGUUAACAAAGCCGCCCCUGAAUUCCCCACUGUGGAGGCAGUGGUGGAUGUAGGCAGACAUCAAUGGGACUUUGAGGCUGUGAUUUGUGCUAACAGGUCCGUCGAUGCACCCCUCUGAGUUAAUGGCGGAGAUGCGAAACAGUGGGUUUGCCCUGAAGAAAUGUGUCCUUGGGAGAAAUUCUACUGUUUGUGAUCCAUCGCAGGUAAUCUUCUGUUCCUCUUCCCCCCCUGAAGAAAAAUACCAACAAUAUCAAUGGCAGGUCCCUGGUCUAAAUGUGAUUGUUGCAAAAUGCCCAAUUAUCAGAGUAAACCACAGUGCUAUUCCAGUCGCUGCAAGUUUAAUGUUAGUCAAUUGGGCAGAUGUGAUGAGACUAACUGGAAAUUAUAGGAGUGUUGCAACACAAGAUGCAGUAGUAUAUACACUGAACAAAAAUAUAAACGCAACAUGUAAAGUGUUUGUCCCAUGUUUCAUGAGCUGAAAUAAAAGAUCCCAGAAAUGUUCCAUAUGCACUAAAAGCUUAUUUCUCUUAAAUGUUGAGCACAAAUGUGUUUACAUCCCUGUUAGUGAGCAUUUCUCCUUUGCCAAGAUAAUCCAUUCACCUGACAGGUGUGGCAUAUCAAGAAGCUGAUUAAACACCAUUAUUAUUACACAGGUGCACCUUGUGCUGGGGACAAUAAAAGGCCACUCUAAAAUGUGCAGUUUUGUCACACAACACAAUGCCACAGAUAUCUCAAGUUUUGAGGGAGUGUGCAAUUGGAAUGCUGACUGCAGGAAUGUCCACCAGAGCUGUUGCCAGAGAGUUUAAUGUUCAUUUCUCUACCAUAAGCCGCCUCCAACGUUGUUUUAGAGAAUUGUGCAGUACGUACAACUGGCCUCACAACUGCAGACCAGGUGUAAUCACACCAGCCCAGGACCUCCACAUCCGGCUUCUUCACCUGCGGGAUCGUCUGAGACCAGCCACCCGGACAGCUGAUGAAACUGGGUUUCCACAACCGAAGACAUUCUGCACAAACUGUCAGAAACCGUCUCUGGGAAGCUCAUCUGCAUGCUCGUAGUCCUCACCAGGGUCUUGACCUGACUGCAGUUCGGUGUCGUAACCGACUUCAGUGAGCAAACGCUCACCUUCGAUGGCCACUGGCAUGCUAGAGAAGUGUGCUCUUCACGGAUGAAUCCCGGUUUCAAAUGUACCGGGCAGAUGGCAGACAGCGUGUAUGGCGGCGUGUGGGCGAGCGGUUUGCUGAUGUCAACGUUGUGAACAGAGUGCCUAAUGGAGGCGGUGGGGUUAUGGUAUGGGCAGGCAUAAGCUACGGACAACUAACACAAUUGCAUAUUAUCGAUGGCAAUUUGAAUGCAGAGAUACCGUGACGAGAUCCUGAGGCCCAUUGUCGUGCCAUUCAUCCGCCCCCAUCACCUCAUGUUGCAGCAUGAUAAUGUACAGCCCCAUUGAGCAUGUUUGGGAUGCUCUGGAUCGAUGUGUACGACAGCGUGUUCCAGUUCCCGCCAAUAUCCAACAACUUCGCACAGCCAUUGAAGUGGAGUGGGACAACAUUCAACAGGCCACAAUCAACAGCCUGAUCAACUCAAUGCGAAGGAGAUGUCGUGCUGCAUGAGGCAAAUGGUGGUAACACCAGAUACUGACUGGUUUUCUGAUCCACGCCCCUAUCUGUGACCAAUAGAUGCAUAUCUAUAUUCCCAGUCAUGUGAAAUCUGUAGAUAAGGGCCUAAUGAAUUUAUUUCAAUUGACUGAUUUCCUUAUAUGAACUGUAACUCAGUAAAAUCUUAGAAAUUGUUGCAUUAUUUUGGUUCAGUGUAGUUUAACCAAUCACGCUGAUUCUAUUAAUGUGUUACUUGCUUCCUCUAACCAUUUGUGAUGUCUCUUCUACAUUAAAUUGUAUGCACAUUUAGUUAGUAUUUGAUGUAUGCUUUUUUAUUUUAAUUGUUUGAUUUAUUGUGCAUUGUUGUAAUACUGUAGGAGUAUGUCGCCAGUGAAGAAGAGGAGGAUCCUGAGGUUGAAUUCCUGAAGUCAUUGACUACUAAACAGAAAGAGAAGCUCCUCAGGUAGAACACUCAUUCAUAAAUGUAGUUGUUUUGAAUGUAAAUAUGCUUAUUGUAAAAUAAGACAAAGGAUGAUUCAUUGAAAAAUAAAAGUAAACGUGAUCUACUAACAUAAAUUGUCUUUCUUUUUAAAGGAAACUGGAUCGUCUAGAAAAGAAGGAGAAGAAGAAUGACAAGAAGGGCAAAAAGCAGAAGAAGAAGAAGAAGAGUAAAGGAAAGCAGAAGAAGAAGAAGCAUGAUAGUAGUGACAGCUCCAGUGAAACUAGCAGUGACUCAGACUCUGACAGCAACUCUAAGAGCCAGAAGAAGAGAAAGGACUCCUGUCGUGAUAACACGAAGAGUGAGGGACUAGUCAACAGUAAGACCAAGGCCUCCUCUCACAGGAGCAGGUCACGGAGCCCAACCUCCAGACAGAAACUGCACAAAGACGAUACCAGAGAGGAGAAACAAACAAGGGCUGAGCCAGGCAGGAGCGAGGGCAGAAAGUACAGUCCAGAGAGAAAGAUGAGGAUGGAAGAACGUCAGGAGAGACGCAGACACACCAGCAGUGAGAGGCAGAGAACCAGCAGCAGCUCCCAGCCUGGCACAGACAGAAUCAGGAACUGUGAGAGAGACAGGGACAGAGGUAAAGACAAGGUUCACAGUAGGGAUGAGGGGAAAAGUAGAAGAGCGAGGAAUAGAAGCAGGAGCAGAGAUGGAGCGAGGGAUAAAGUAGCAAAGGAGAGGAGUAGGAGCCGAGAUCGGGGGAGAGAGAGGGGAGGCGAAGGGAGUAGAAGCAGGAGUACAGGCAGAGGGAGGCAGAAAAGAGCCAGAAGCAGAGAUAGAGCUGAGAAAAAGAGCUGAGCUGUGAGAGUAGACAAUCUUACAAAGUGGGCCAGUGAUAGCCUACCUUUUUAUUUUGCUGGCCUAAACAAAGUGAAUAUUUUUCGACACGAACGUGAAAUGUUUUCAAGGUUUUAUGAUGCUGCUGUUAAUGUCAUUUUUUUCUUAAAGUGUGCUCACUUUAUUAAACAUUAAACAACACUUAGAAACCAACGUUUUAUUAGCCUGC